CAUGCGGUAUCAGAGAGGCAAAGCAGGAAGCGACUCGGCAUUCCCUUCCAAGCCCUGCAUUCAUGUCGCCGAAACCUCACGAGCGGUGCGGGCUGUUUGUUUUGGGCGUUGAUGAAAACACGUGGGAGAAUCAGUAGCCUAUAUAUGUUUAGAGAAGUGGGAGUUAUAAGACACAACGCGGUGUCUCUUAAGAGAUGGCGGUCGAGCACGGACGAGCUGGAUCUGAAGACUGCACCGUGUUAAUGGAGUCCAACCCAGGCGGUGUGAAGACAGAGUACCGCUCUCUGCAGAAACAGAUGUGCUGCCUUCAAUUCAUGACGGUAUCUUUCUGCCUCACGUGCUGUCUGCUCACGCUCAUGUAUCAUGCGAAGGCAUCAGGAUGCAAGGACAAUGGAAUGUUACAGCUACCUAUGAUAGCAAUGCAGAAACAGAACAGCAUUGAAGAGACAUCUCACAAGCCAAAACCCACACCUUUCAUUCGUGUGACAACAAGAGGUAACUUUGUCUCUGGUGAAGGUUACGUGACAUGGCGGCUUCCAGGAGACCACGUGAACCAUGUCGAAUUCUUUUCUUUGGACAGUGACGGUGAAUCUCUGAUAGUGCAUCGUGACGGGACCUACAAAGUGUCUCUGCAGAUCUUGUACAGGGGAGUUAAAGAACAGCGCAGUGGUCAAACCCUCCUGGCGCACGAAAUUCGCCGUUUCACGGCCGGAUACCCCAUACCCCUUACGAUGCUCGUCUACAAGGAAACAAUCAACUUUGCGUCUCACAUGUGGAGGAAAACACUGUUCUCAGAAGGCGUUUAUUCUCUGGUUGCUGGAGAUAGACUCAAAGUGUGGUCCGAGAAUCGCACGCUAAUUGACGGUUCAUCGAACGUCCAGCAAACAUUCUUUGUUGCGCAUCCGCACUUCUUCAGUUAGCACAACAGAUUUCUUUAGUUGCUUUACAUUAAUAGCAAAUACCUGCUUCACAUAUGGAAAAUUUUAAAUUUUCCUAAAAUACAAUUCACAGGACGUAGGGAAUUUUAAUAGACUAUGUUCCAUUGCACGUUGAAUGUCAAAGGAACAAAUAAUUCAUAAUUCCUCACUGUGUAAUUUAUGUAUUCAAAUAUAUAUUCUUAUAGAUAGUGUUAAACACUGUAAAAGCAUCCUACUUCAUUGAAAAAAUGCUGAUGAAUUUCCUACAUUUUUAAUAAAAAACUAAAUUGUGACAAAGUUACAGUUUCAUGUUUAUUGCACAAUUUUACCACUUUAAGUUUAUACAGUUAAUACAAUGUUGCAAACAUUUUUUAUACGGAGACCAUGCAAAUAAAUAUGUAAAUAAACCUAUUAAACACUACAAUAUUAAUGCUUGUGUAACUAUACUUUUGUAUCCUAUUACUAAUGAUUGACAGUUAAGAAUGUGGACCGCAAAUAUAAACGUUCAAUUUCUGGCUCUUGGUCUGGGUAAAAGGGUCUUUUACCGAUUAAAAAAGAACUGCACAUAACCUUCAUAAUGAUUUAACAUACAAGAAAACUUAAAUUAAUAUUUUUCGAUGUACAUAA